CGCGGAUCUGUUCCUUAUCGGGAGGAAGACAACCAUAUAACCAACUCGUCCAUUGUUCAGCAUGGCUCCAUUGCUCCCGCAUACCGAUCCUCUCGACCUAACGGUACAACAUCAGCAUGAUUCUAGUCCAAGAGAUAUUACUGCGGUGGACGUCGCCUCCCCGGCAACUGUCAGAUCGGUCGUCCGUAGUGGUCGCCCUCAUCGCCGAAGGCAACGAAGCCCUCCGCACAGAAGCGCUUACCAGACAAUCAACCCUUGCUUGGAAUCUGAAGACUGGGAUUAUACGGAUUCGCCCCGGCAGCGGUGCUUUCAGACUGGAAGUGAAGUAUCGGACCGCAGAGACUGGACCGGAGUCAUCUCUCGGCUAUGUCGACCUCACCAGCGACGAGUUAUUGGCGCGAUGUUUGCAGGGUGACACAACGGCCUCGUUCGAUGUGACUACGGGAUGCGACGAUCCCAAAGCAGAACUGAAACUGGAUUUCUUUCUCCUCGAAGAUGAGAGCUUCGAGGCCGGUCUGCCUGGCAGUGUCCUCGGUAGCAAUGGUCCAGCGACAGACCUUGAUCAAGAAUACAACGUCGCUUCUAGGCUUCGAGACACAGACCCCGACAAGUGGUUGACUCUCAUGGACAUCAGCACACGUUAUUACGAGCGAUUCCGCGCCUUCGGCGACACUCUCAGCCUGGCAAGAGCACUCCCCACCUUCGGAGAGGCCAUCGGGAUAGUACUCGACCGCGCGCCUCCAAGGUCGGACCAGCAUCAAUUGCUCCGUGACAAGACGGAGCUGUACGUGACCGCGAUGACCGAGUUCGUGGCAGCGUUUCGCGAAUACAACGCGGACGCUAUCAACUGCCUCAGCGACAUGCUUACCGGCUCGACAGCGAUGUACAUCUUGCUCUACGAUCGCUUCGGAGACCGCGGAGACCUAUCAAGGGCAAUUGAUCUCUGCGUGCAAGCUAAAUCUAUCGUUCCCGAAGACCAUCCUGACACUCCCAUUCAUCUGCGGCGGUGGGGCAUGGCGAAGAUGCUCCGGUUCCGCUUCUCUGGGGAAGUCGAGGAUAUCAACGAAUCCAUUACGGCUCUCGAGCGCUCAGUGCGCCUCACUUCGGAGUCGGACAUCGACCUGCCCGACAGGCUCACCAACCUCGGCACGUCGUACGUCCUACGCGCGGAAUACUCGCGCAAUCUCAAGGACGUCAGUAAGGCGAUCGCUGCGCACACGAGGGCGCUCACCUUCAGAGAGGACUAUACACUUCUGUUCAACCUCGGCACCGCUGUCCUUCUGCGCUUCAUGUUCCAGCGCGACCUCACGGAUGCGGAAGCCGCGGUCAUGACGCUGGAGAGGGUGGUGGACCUCGUCCCCGACGGACACCCCGAGCUGCGGCGCUGCUUGGGUAACCUGGGAGUCGCAUACCACAACCGAUUCGAGGUUCUGCAUAACAUCGAGGACAUCGACCGUGCCGUCACGACGCUGCAGCGUGCGGUGCGCGCCUUGGAUAGCACCGGGGAUGACGCCCCCGAGAGAGCUUUGCACGUCGCGUCCCUCGGCAACGCAUACCUAUGUCGUGCAGACAUCUUACUCGAGGACAACGACAUGCAUCUCGCCGUCGAAACGCUGAAGCGGGCUGUCGAGCUCACACCCACGGGCCUCGCACACCUGCAGAAACGGCGUCACAACCUCGGCCGCGCCUAUGCAACUCGAUACGAGCGUCACCAUGAUCCCGCCGACGUCGACCGCGCAAUGGUGGAAUUCGAAGCCUCGCUAGGACUACUGCCGGAUGGACACGCAGAUCGACCCGGAGGCCUAUCGAUGUUGGCAGGGGCACUGCAGGCUAGGUUCGGUCUAAAAUCGGAUAUGGACGAUAUCAACCGCGCGAUAUCUCUGAGCUUGAGCGCGCUCAAUGCAUUGAACCCGGAGGAUUAUCGACGACGCUCGGUGGUAUCUAUCCUGGCAGCGUCUUACGUCCACAGAUUCAGUGUCACCCAAGACCCCGACGACCUCGACGAAGCCGUCCAUCGAUAUCAGGAGGCCAUGGAUUCCACUCCAGCGGACGCAGAGAACCCCCUCCGGCAAUGUGCUGCUAUACAACUAGCCCACACACUGAAGCGACGCUUUGACUUCAAGAACAGUGCCGAUGAUCUCGACGCAGCCAUCGAGAACUAUCGUAUUGCCGCGACAAUGCUUAACGGAGUGCCAUGGACGUCCUUUCUCGCUGCCAAAGACUGGGCGCGCGCAGCUAGGUCUCGUGGUGAAGACGGCCAUGCGGUCGCACUACAGGCAUACGGCACAGCCGUAGAGCUCCUGCCUCGCGUAGGAUGGAUUGGCAAGUCGAUAGCAAACCGUCAUGCGCAGCUUGCUGCUAUGGGCAGCUCGCUGACUACUGAGGCGGUGGCCGCAGCCGUUGCACAGGGUGAACACUGCUUAGCCAUUGAGUGGCUAGAUCAGGCGCGUGCUAUCGUCUGGGGCCAACAAUCGAAGCUACGAUCCUCCUUCGAUGACCUGCGGGCAGUGGCACCUGCUCUUGCUGCGAAGCUCGAUCGUGUUUCGCGCGCUCUUGAUACAGCCGGUUCCAGAGACGCCGCUCCUACGACUGAUUUCCUCGGCACGGCUCGUUUGGAAGAAGCAGCUGAAGAGGACCGUCGCACUGCCAGUGAAUGGCAAAAAUGGAACACACUUCUGGGGCACCUCACGAGUUUAUCCGACGUUCUGGACUCAGUCGGUGCUCAGAUGGAGGUUGUGACGGACACGGAGUCGCCUGCGCAGGACCAGCGCAGGAGAGCAGAAGAGUGGGAUAGGCUAAUGGCGCAGGCCAGGGCUAUACCUGGUUUCGAGGACUUCUUGCGGCCAAGGACCUUUGCGCAAAUCAAGGAGGCCCUCGACCGCAGUCCUGUGGUUAUCGUCAACACUGACCAACUCCAAUGCGACGCACUUGUGUUGAUGGAGGGACUGGACGAUGUCAUCCAUAUCCCUUUGGACUCAUUUAGUCUCGAUCACGCGCAACGGCUUCACAGAGGUCUGUCGCAUCUGCUAUCCGCUUCAAACCUUCGGCGACGCACGACAAGGGCAGCGAAGAUGAUAUCAACAGAUUCCUCGGUCGCUAGUGUGGAGAACGUCCUUGCAGAACUCUGGCAGCGAGUCGUGAAACCUGUAUUAGACUCGCUGGCAUUCUCGCCGAUCUCCGUCGGUAAUGGUUUGCCUCGUCUUUGGUGGUGUCCGACAGGUCUACUUGCAUCGCUUCCCCUUCACGCAGCUGGUAUCUAUGCGGAUGAUGAGCCGGGAACCAAGCUAUCUGACUUCGCGGCUUCUUCCUACACACCGACGCUAACUCCAUUCGCGCGACGCUCACUCUCAGCCGCAAAGUUCAACGGCAUACUCUGUGUCAGUCAAUCAGCAACUCUACCCAACGCUGCAGUCGAAGUGGCAUGUAUCCAAAAAGUUGCUGAGAAAUGCAACGUCAAUUGUUGCGCUCUGCAGGACGAAGACGGAGAUGUACAAGCGGUUCUCGAUAACCUCAGCGGCUACGGAUGGGUGCACUUUGCGUGUCACGGAGUGCAGGAUAUACAAGAGCCUACCAAGAGCCGCUUUGAGCUGCACGACGGGCCGUUGGCGCUCUUGGAGCUAAUCUCCGCGUCCUUUGAACGGGCUGACUUCGCCUUCCUCUCCGCAUGUCAGACUGCCAUGGGUACUGACAUGCUGCCAGAUGAAGCGGCGCAUCUAGCGGCUGGAAUGCUUGCAGCUGGAUUCAAGAGCAUCAUCGGUACGAUGUGGUCCAUCCAAGACGAGGUCGCGCCUACCGUGGCGGAGCAAGUGUACAGGAGGUUACUGUCGGGUUCUGUUCAACCAGACAGUUCUCAGGCAGCCGUGGCUCUGCAUCACGCUGUGCAAAUGCUGCGUAAGCAAGACGAUACGAAGACAUUCUCUUGGGUGCCCUUCGUUCAUGUUGGGUGGUGAAUGUAGCGUGCAAUCAUGUCCCCAAGUAUGACAAAGGACGGAGGAAGUGACAUCGUAGUAACAGGGCCUCCACUAGUGUUACAGAUGC